GUUGUAGUGAGUGGUUACCUGGACCGCCUUUGUUCAUUGUGGAUAUUUUGGCAUAUGAUUUAGAAAUGUAAUUGAGAAUAGUUGAGCUAAACUUUAAUCCAAAAGUUGAAACUUAGCUCAAGCACUACUGGAAAGCAUUGUUCUUUUCUCCAUGACUAAGAGUUGCAAAAGAUAACUACGAAGUAGUUAGAUUCUGUUUGUUAUGGGAAUAUUUUUGUGACUUCCCUCUUCAAUUCAUUGAGGAUCGAAGUUUCUUAAUCAAGAUUGUCAAAUUGUGGUGCAAAGCAGUUGUUAUCUCAAUUGCAGGCAAGGUGUUUGUAAAAUGGCCGCUGUGUUAGCUCAAGAAGCAGCUGCUUUCCGUAGGCGGUGUAUCUACGAUGUUUUCUUGAGCUUCAGAGGCGAAGACACUCGAAGAACUUUUACCGAUCAGCUUUACAAGGCGUUGGUGGAUGCCGGGUUGCGUACAUUUAGGGAUGACAAUGAGAUUGAGAGGGGAGAAAAUAUUCAGUCGGAAUUGCUUAAAGGGAUCCAUAGAGCCAAGAGUUCAAUCAUUGUUUUAUCUGAAAACUAUGCUACUUCUUCCUGGUGUUUGGAUGAACUUGUGGUGAUAAUGGAGAAUCGGAGGAGUGGGCACGCUGUUUUGCCUGUUUUCUACCAGGUUGAUCCAUCCCAUGUUGGAAAGCAAAUGGGGAGCUUUGCAAAAGCUUUUGAACGACACGAGAUGCGGUUUGUAGCUCAAAACUGUGAGGAUGGUGAAGAGUGGGCUCAGAAGAUCAAAGGCUGGAGGUGUGCACUCAAAGAAGUUGCACAAAUUGGGGGGAUGAUUUUUCAAAAUCAUACAGAAUGGAAUGAAUCAAAAUUUAUUCAAAAAAUCCUUAAAGUGAUUACGGAUAAAGUGAAUAGAACUGUUCACAGCAUUGCCCCUUACCUGAUUGGAAUCCGUAGUCGUGCUGAUGAUAUCAAUUUGUGGGUACAAGAUGGAUCGAAUGAUGUUGACAUACUUGUGAUGUGUGGAAUGGGUGGGAUAGGGAAGACAACCAUUUCCAGAUUCGUGUAUAUUACAAACUGUGAUAAGUUUGAAGGAAGUAGCUUCCUGGCAAAUGUUGGAGAAGUUUCAAAGAAACAGAAUGGUAUGGUUAUGCUGCAGAGAAAUCUUCUUUCUGACAUUUUUAAGAGGAAAGAAGAACAAAUAUCCAGCGUUGAUGAAGGGAUAAGGAGAAUCAGAGCUGCCAUAAGUAGUAAAAAAAUCCUCCUGGUACUAGACGAUGUGGAUCAACCAGAGCAGUUAAAGGAUUUAUUUGGAAUAAGAGAUUGGUUUUAUCCAGGGAGUAAAAUCAUUGUGACUACAAGGAAAGAACGUUUAUUAAGUCAUGAGACUUGUAAGGUAUACAAAGUUGAAAGUAUGCUUGUAGAUGAAUCUCUUGAGCUCUUUUGUUGGCAUACGUUUGGUCAAGCUCACCCUAUCGAUGAAUAUGUAGAUUAUUCAAUGAAGGUGGUGGAACGAUGUGAUGGACUGCCAUUGGCUCUUGAAAUUUUGGGAUCUUCUCUUGCGGGGAAACAUCUUGAUGUGUGGGAAAGUACUAUUAAAAAAUUGGAAGCCAUUCCUAAUAAUAGAAUCCUUGAUAAACUAAGACUAAGUUAUGACUCUUUACAAGAUGAUGAUGAUAGAAAUAUAUUCCUUCAUCUUGCCUGUUUUUUUGUUGGAAAAGAUAGAGAUUUUGCAAUUGCAGUACUAGAUAGUUGUGACCUUCAUGGGGGAAUUGGGGUCCAAAAUCUUAUCGAGAGAAAUCUGUUGGCGAUUGGUGAGCAUAACAAACUUAGCAUGCAUCAAUUGGUUCAAGAUAUGGGAAGGGAAAUUGUUCGUCAAGAAUCACCAAAAGAGCCUGGAAAGCGCAGUCAUAUUUGGCAUCCUAAGGAUUCAUUUUAUGUGUUAACAGAGAAAACCGGCACUGAAAGGGUUGAAGGAAUCAAACUUGAAAUGCAAAUGCUCGAGGCAAAUGAAUCAGCCAAAGAAACCAUCAAUAUGAAUUAUGGCAAAAAACGCAAACUUGCAGAGUUUCUAGGGAAAUCUGAAGAACAUUUGUCAAAGAAAAGUCAGUAUGGCUUCUUUUGGCAUUCAAGGGAUUGUGCAGAAGCUUCAAAUGUGCUAAUCUUCACAAGUGAUGCUUUCUUAAAAAUGCAAAGAUUAAAAUUUCUUCAAAUCAACUCUGCUAAAUUAAUUGGAAGCUAUGAACAGUUUCCUAAAAGAUUGAGAUGGUUGUGUUGGCAUGGACUGGAGUUGGAAUCAAUACCAAGUGAUUUUCCACUGGAAAGCCUUAUUGCACUGGAUCUGCGCUACAACAGCUUCAAACAAGUUUGGAAAGGAUCCAGGUUUCUCAGAUUUCUAAAGAUUCUGGAUCUCAGCCACUCCUAUAAGCUCACAAGAACACCAAAUUUUUUGGGAGUCCCCAGUCUUGAAAAGCUGAUACUUAAAUACUCUACAAGUUUAAUCGAGAUUCAUGAAACAAUCGGAUGCCUGAAAGGACUUGUUCUUUUGAAUGUGAAAGGCUGCAAAAAUUUGAGAAGGCUUCCAGAGAGCAUGUGCUCACUAAAAUGUCUUGAAACUCUUGUUAUUUCUGGUUGCUCUAAUCUUGACUGGCCAACCAACUUAGAAAAAAUUGAUUCGCUGAAAGUGCUGCAUGCAGAUGGAAUUGCAAUGAAUCAAGUUGUCUCUAGGUCGGGAGUCCAUCCAUGGCACUCACCAUAUUCAUUUUUAUGGUCCUUAGUUGGAAAGCGGAACAUAUGUCCUAAAAUUUCUCACAUUGAUUUGCCCGGUUCUUUAGUGCAUUUAAGUCUUGCAAAAUGCAAUCUAUCUGAUGAUAAGUUUCCAAUUGCUUUCAGUAACCUCUCCAUGCUGGAGAGCUUGGACCUGAGCAAUAAUCUAGUUUGCAGUCUUCCAGAAAGCAUCAGAUGCCUUAGAGGGCUGCGAAAUCUUAAGUUUACCUCGUGCCCAAGGCUCAAGUCACUCAUCGGGUUGCCUCAUAUAUCAAAAAGGUUGAAUGCAGAUGAUUGUAUGUCAUUGGAAAAAAUAUCUUACCAAGCAGAACUGGAAGAAGGUUUUCGCAUGUUCUGUCGAGGCUGUAAGAUAUUAGCUGAAAUAGAAGGCUAUUUCAAACUGGAACCUCUAGAAAAUGUCAAUACCGAUAUAUGUGGCAUUCUAGGGUUGUCAAAUUUGGCAACUAUUAGAAAUAUUAUGGUCAAGAUAAGAUCCAGAUACUUGGCUAAAUUGCCAUGUUUGAAACUUUCUCCUCAGAUAUUAUAUCAACCGGGCAUCUUCACGACUUUUCUUCCUGGUGAUUGCAUUCCUAGCUGGUUCAACUCUAAGUUCACCUUUACGAGUCGGAAAUCUUCUUUUACAUUGCCUGCAAUUGACAACUACAGGAUCCAAGGUUUGAGUUUCUGUGUGGUGUAUUUGUGCUCAGAUGAUAAAGAAGCUGAAUUUACUGUGAUUGGUCCAUCCAUUCAAAUUGAUAACAAGACCAAGCUCGUUAGCUGGAGGCUGCAGACACCGUAUUUUGGAAUUCCAAAUGGUAAGGAAGGUAUGAUGUGUUUAAGUCAUUGGAAUUUGGGGAAUCAGUUGCAAAGUGGAGAUUUCUUGAUGGUUUUGGUGCAAGUAGUUGGAGCGCUAAGAUUCAAGGAGCUGGGGAUCAAAAUUUGGUACGUCGAGGAGCAGCAAGUGAAUACAGGAGAAUCAAGGUUUGAAACUGUAUCAAAACAUGCUAAUCCAUGUGGUGAUGUUGUUCCUGUGGAGAUUCCAGGUCAGCCCAGAUAUUUUCUCUGGCUAGAAAGUAUGAGACUAAAGAAGCCAAUGCAAGACAGAUGUUUAGUUUCUGGGUAAUCCUAAAUGGCUCACCAACAAUACUUGUUUCUACCAUUUCCACUGUAAGCAAAUUGGUACACUUCAAAAUGUGGCA